AUGCAACACGCGCCCGAGCCUGGAGAAAGUCAGUCCGAAGACUCAGACGACUCUGUAUCCGACAAUGACGACGACGAAGAGGAUGCGCAACCCACCUCAAAUGCCUACGCUGCCCUGCUGCAGUCCCUUUCCACUGUCGCGAAGCAGAAUGAGCAUCAAGAGACACACCGGCGCAAGAAGCGCAAGCUGGCUGGGGAGGACCUUCAAGUUGCCGAAGAGCCACAGCAAAAGAUAAACAGAAACAUGUCCAAUCUGACAGAAGACGAGCCUGACGCCGUGUUUGACGGCGACGCCUUGGACGAGGAUCCACAGGAGGAUGCUGCAAGCGACGACGGAGUACAAAUAAGAGAUGCAGUCGAGGAAACGCAGGACGGCUUUGAGAGCUUUGAGGUCCAUUUUGCGAAUCCAGACGAGAACGAUCUAGCGAUGCGGUUGCGGAGAAUAUCGGAAAAUCAAUGGUCGGCCAAGAAGCUGCAUGCUGCUGGAGGGAGGGCACUGCUCCAAGUGCCCUGCGCAGAUAACACAGCCUUCGACACGCGGAAGCUCAGGAGCACACGGGACGUGCAGCUGAAGGCACGACUCGCCGAGAACGCGCAGAAAGUAGUCGGUCAAUUCAACGACGGUCACGAACAGGUCAUCAUGCCUUCCAUCUUCGGAUAUCAAGACGUUUUGUUUGCAGCAAGGACCGUACACAAUGCUGCGCGAAUGCGCGACAUCACCUGCUUGCACGCGCUCAACCACAUCCUCAUAGGCCGCGACCGAGUCUUGAAGAACAACGCAAAGCUCGCUGCCGCAAAUGACGGCGAUGAUGUAGAGUAUCGCGAUCAGGGUUUCACGCGGCCAAAGGUUCUUUUUUUACUCGAGACCAAGCAAGCCUGCGUCCGCGUUGUAGACUCCAUCACCAGACUCUUCACUUUUGAGCAACAAGAAAACAAGAAGCGCUUCCUUGACCAGUUUCACAGACCCGACCAGGCAUUCUCCGACGAUAAGCCCGCAGAUUUCCGCGAGCUCUUCGAAGGCAACGAUGAGAAUGAGUUCCGUGUCGGCGUGAAGUUGACACGCAAAACGCUCAAGUUUUACUCCACCUUCUACAAUUCGGAUAUCAUCUUCGCCUCUCCCCUUGGUCUCCGCCGCGCCAUCGAAACGGGUGACCCCAAAAAGCGAAGUGGCGACUACGACUUCUUGUCAUCCAUCGAGAUGGUCAUCAUGGAACAAGCCGACGCAAACCUCAUGCAGAACUGGGAGCACGCCGAGUUCGUCUUUGAGCACCUCAACCUCCAGCCCAAAGAAUCUCACGGUUGUGACUUUUCCCGCGUCCGGCCGUGGUACCUCGACGACAACGCCAAGCAUGUUCGACAAACCAUUGUCAUGUCUGCAUUCCUGACACCAAAGAUCAAUACUCUAUGGAACAAACACAUGCGCAACUUCUUUGGUCGACUGAAGUACACCCCAGAUUACUCCGCUGGUGUCAUCGAGUCUCUCUCACACGGUAUCAAAGGCAUCAAACAGACUUUUUGGCGCUUUGAGUCACCAUCUCACCUUACCGACCCAGAUGCCCGCUUCAAGUAUUUCAGCAGCACGAUAUUGCCUUCAAUUCUACGUACCCCCAAGCCGGCGGAGGGUGGACCAGGAAUCCUGAUGUUUGUACCAAGUUAUCUUGACUUCACACGGCUCCGCAACUCUCUCGUCGAUGUCAACAUUUCAUAUGCUUUGAUCAGCGAGUAUACAGACAUGACCGACGUCAGAAAAGCCCGUUCGCAUUUCAUGAAUGGCAAGCACUCACUGCUCUUAUAUAGUGGCCGCGCACACCAUUUUCAUCGCUUCAAUAUCCGCGGCGUGAAACGCGUUGUCUUCUACGGAGUUCCGGAGAAUCCAAUCUUCUAUGAAGAGCUGGUUAGUAUGGUGGGUAAGAGUGUAGAGAGGGGCGAAACGAGUAGAGCAGAGGCUAGUAUAAGGGUCAUGUUCAGUAAGUGGGAGAGGAUGGAGUUGGAGAGGAUUGUGGGCACGAAGAGGUUGAGCAGGAUGGUGGGGGAUAAGGGCGACGUCUUUGACUUCGUGUACUAG